CUGCAUCUGGUUGUGCGUCCGUUCCCCAUUUUCUACUACUAGUAUUCACUACAAAUAUAUAUAUAUAUAUAUAGAUAUUUUGAGUAUGUCCCGUCACUAUAACGCAUAUCUGCUCUGUCUGCUCGUCGUAGCCUGCAGUUGUAUGAUAUCCAACGUUGAUGGCUAUAGCCGCGCAUACAGAAAUCAGCGAACGUCGACAACGACGACGACAUCAACAACGCCAGCGCCUCAAACGCCCAAAGAGUAUUUGGACAGCAAGUCGAGUUUCUCCACUUUCGGAAUAAUUUCGAUAAUAUUUACGAUAAUUGUGCUCUCGCUGGUCUUCUACUACGGCAUCAUGUGCUAUCCGCUGCUGUGUCGCGACGACAAGAAGUACCGUUUCAUGGACGUAUCGUCCACGAUUACGGCGGCCACAUCCCGUUCCAUACAGUCCAUCGAAAACUAUCCGGUUGAUCAGAAGCACAACAAUCACCACCAUCAACUUGCCUGAGUGCCACAAACAACUCUCCUUUCACUCAUCGAAUAUUUGCGCAAAGAACAAACAAAUUAGGGCUUAAACGAAAGAGACUUACUAAAACACACACACAUUCAUAUAUGUAUAUAUAUAUAUAUAUAUAUAUAUAUAAAGAUGAUUCAUACUCAUUCCAAGUUAAGAAGUCACGCUUCAAGUUUGGUCAAUUCUUUGUUGUUGCUCAACACUUGCUGUGAAUUUGGAACAUAAAUGACGAAUACUUUUUUGAGAUACACUUACAAUUUAUUAGCUAUAGUUGAACGAUGAAAAAAAUAUACACAUUUUUCUCGCAGGUUGUACUUAAAGCAAACGAACGUACUUAAUAUACUUAUAUAUGUUUUUAUAUACUCCCCCUUUACAUGUAUUUUAAAUAGAAACCUUUAGAUUAAGUGCCAUUUUUGCCAAGAAUUUAUGCAUUUAUUACUCAACACACUCAUUGCUUCCCAUAUUGAAUUAUACAUUUUGAAAUUUUUCUAAUUUUUAGUCAAAUAAAU